UUCACCAAAUACUCUUCGUUGAGUUGGGCCAACACAAUAAUGAGCAACUCACUCAAGAACCUCCGUCCACUUCGGGCUCCUUUGGUACGAGGGAUAAGAGAUAUAAUCCAAUUUCCCCCCUUCGAAAUAUAAAAUUACGCGGUCUCUCACAAUCUCUCCUUUUUCCUCCUUUCAUUUCUCCCCUCAUUCUCUUUCUUUCUUCAUUCUCUUAGUGUUUCUCUCUCUUAUUCCCCUUCCAUGGUGAUUGAUCUGAGAGAACACUACUGAAAUAUACAAAAUUUCUACUCUCAGAUCUAGGGCAUUGCAUUAUAUUGUUUUGCCCUAGCACAUUUCACUUCUCACGCGCCAAUUUAAACAGGCAACAAAUACACACACACAUAUAAAUAUAUAUAUAUUUAUAUAUCUCAUACAUUUUUUGAAAAAAUAAAAAUUAAAAUGUUGCCGCUUGAUUCGUUCGAUGAGUUUUUAUUCUCUGCUAGCAGAGCAUUGUGUAGUCCCCUCGCGGUUUUUAUUCAGAUCCAGGGAUGUUUUAUCUGCUUAAUAUUGGCUCUUGGAUGGGCUUUAGCUGCUUAUGUAAGCUUUUGGUUUCUUUUUGUAGGGGCAGGGAGAUUCGACGCAUGAAGGAUAGUAUGAGAUGUGGCAAUAGUUUUGCGUUCCUUACAAAGGAUAUCAAUGACCUUGAGCAUUCAAAUCAGGUCACCUUGCCCCCAGUCUCAGUUGUAAUGCCUUUAAAAGGGUUUGGAGAGCACAAUCUACACAAUUGGAGAAGUCAGAUCACUUCUCUUUAUGGUGGUCCUUUGGAGUUCCUUUUUGUGGUUGAAAGUACCGCUGAUCCUGCUUAUCAUGCUGUGAAGCGAUUGCUAGCAGAUUUUAAGGAUGUUGAUGCUAAAAUUAUUGUAGCCGGCCUGUCAACAACUUGUAGUCAGAAGAUUCACAAUCAAUUGGUUGGGGUGGAGAAAAUGCAUAAAGACACCAAGUACGUUUUAUUCCUUGAUGAUGAUGUUAGACUGCACCCUGGAUCAAUUGGAGCCCUUACUACUGAAAUGGAGAAGAAUCCAGAGAUCUUUAUUCAAACAGGAUAUCCUCUCGAUUUACCAUCUGGAACUUUGGGAAGUUACUGCAUUUAUGAAUAUCACAUGCCAUGUUCUAUGGGAUUUGCUACUGGUGGAAAAACAUUCUUCCUCUGGGGAGGAUGCAUGAUGAUGCAUGCAGACGAUUUUCGAACCGAUCGCCAUGGUGUAGUGUCAGCGCUUCGAGAUGGUGGCUACUCAGAUGACAUGACUCUAGCGGCUAUAGCUGAGGAACACAAGAGGCUCAUUACAUCACCACCAGUUGCAGUCUUUCCACAUCCUCUUGCAAGCGAUCUUACCUUCCCUAGAUACUGGAAUUAUUUGAGAAAGCAAACAUUUGUACUGGAGUCAUAUACAACAAAAGUUAACUGGAUCAUGAAUCGGGCUUUAUUUACAACCCACUGCUAUCUGUCUUGGGGUUUUGUAACUCCAUAUGUCAUGGCUGGGAUUCAUGUGGCAGCAGCACUGAGAUUUUACUUUAAAGGAUACUCUCCUGAUGAUACAGUCUUGACAUGUAAUGGGUUGUUACUUGCUGGAUGCCUUGCCAUCUGCACACUGAUUGAACUUCUUUCCAUGUGGAACUUGACAAGAAUUGAAGUUCACUUGUGCAAUAUGUUGUCUCCGGAGGCACCUCAACUAUCACUUGCUUCUUAUAACUGGUGCCUUGUAUUCAUUGCAAUGCUCGUUGACAAUUUCUUAUACCCAUUGUCUGCGAUGCGUUCCCAUUUUUCUCAGUCCAUCAAUUGGUCUGGUAUCCGGUAUCAUUUGAAGGAUGGGAAGAUAUACAAGAUCGACAGACACAAGCAUUUGGUUCCUAAAAUUACAGACUUGGCAGGAAAAGAUUUGCUUGGAAAGAAUGGAUCAACACCUAAGGUUGCUAUCAUUAGUUCUUUAUCCAGAACUCUAGCUCAGUGGCGCCAACCGAAGAAAUAUGACGUUUAGAUAAGAUCCUAACAGUGGUAAAUUAUGUGAUUCUUUUGCUCCCUUGGUGGUAGUGACCAAGGAAUUGCAGGACCAAUUUUUUGGGGUUAUUUAUCCCUGAUUUAAGGGCACUUCAUUGGUAUAGGUUGUAAGUGUAAGGUUUAUUGUUUCUGGCUAUUAAAUUCAUCAUUUCAUUCUUCACACUCAGGCCUUACCAUGCUUGGGCUGGUUUUUUGUAAUUGUAAUGUUAUUUGUAAUUUGAUGUCCAUUUCAAUGUUAGCUUAACAUGUUCUGGUGCUGUAUUUGAUUGGUUGACCAGUUAGAUGGUGGCAGAUGAUCGGUCUUAUUGUUUCUGGAUAUUAAAUUCAUCACUUCAUUCUUCACAUACAGACCUCCCAUGCUUUGGUUGGUUUCUGCAAUUGUAAUGUUAUUUGUAAUUCGAGCUUAAGAUGUUUCUCUGACA